AUGACUAAGACAAAAAAAUUCCCAAAAGUAAAAAUAUUAUUGUCACUUACAUUUUUAAUGGCAUGUGUGAUUAACACAUUAUUGGAAUUUUACAGAGAAAUCGUGAUUAUAACAAAACAAAUUCCUUCGUCACUGUACUACAUAAAGCUUUUCUUUUCACUGCCAAUUAUAUGUCUUAUGAUGUCAUAUGUCCAAAAGGCUUUAAAUGUGUACUCUAUUCUUAGUAUUGUGAAUUUUAUUAUUUUUGGUUUUAUUGGCAUUUUUUUUCUAAUUGGUUCUCUUUUAAUUCCAUUUGAAUAUAAAAUCCAAAAAGGAUCACAAUGGGCACUAGAUAUUUUUUGUGAUGGUAAGAUGUCAGUUAGAAGCUUGAUGGGCUUAUCUCCUUUUUUAUAUAUGUACAGUGAGUGGAUAAGUACUUUAUGUUACAUCUUAUCGGAGUUGUGGAGUACUCUAGUAGUUGGUUUUGCUUUAUAUGCGUUAGCCAAUCAUGCUUGUACAGAAGAUGAAAUGAAAGAAAUUGUUCCUAAUUUUUCCACAAUCACCGCCAUUUCAAUGAUUAUUUCUGUAGCUUUUAUUUAUAUAAAAGAUGAAUUAGCAAAUAUACUUCCUGCAGGUUUGCAUGAUAAAAUUGACGGUAGUAGUUUGUUUUUUUUGAUCUUGUCUUUUGUAACUACAUUAAUUUACUUUUUAAAAAGUUAUAUUCCUCUUAAAACUAAAGAAAUAAAGGAAACUAUAAAUAAAGAAGAAGACAAAACGACAUCCUCGUUUGAUCUUUUACAAUCCAAAUUUUUAAGAAAUAUGUGUGCAGCGGCAUUAAUCUAUGCUAUUAAUGCAGGAUUUAUUGAUAUGUCCUUAAAAAAUUCUUUAUCUACGGGAAGCAGAAUUAAUAAUAUGCCUCCGAAAGAUUAUUCUCAAAAAUAUUUAGUAACAACUUCCUUAACGAUUAGUGCUGUAUCAUUAUUUUAUAACUUUGUAAUCCGUGGAAAUCGCAUUGCAUCAAGGAUCUUUUAUCUAUCUAUUGCCUCCCCUAUUGCUGCUAUAUUUUUUACCGCUCUAAUUUCAGGACUUUCUUUUUACAAUUUGCGCACAGCUCCAUCGGUCUUAAGAAUAAAUCUUGAAAAUUGGUGUGCAACCAUUGGAUUUGCAUUUUCUAAAAUUACCAAAUAUGUUUUAUUUGAUUUAGCAAAAGAAAUGCUUUCUAUGAGGGUGCCUGUUAAAUACAGGUAUAAAUUUAAAAGUUUUUAUGAUGGUGUAUGUAUCAAAAUUGGUAAAUCUAUUAUCUCUUUAUAUGGAACUUUUUUGACGUUUAUAGAAAUUCCAGAUAUUAGACAAGUAUCAUACGUGUCUUUUAUAUUUUUAAUAUUUGCAAAUUUUUUGUGGAUCAGGAGUGUCUGUUAUUUAAGUAAAAAAUAUAAUGAAUCAAUUGAACAAAAUUCUGAGAUAGAUGUUGAUUUUAAUUAA